CUCUUAUCUAAGAGGGCGUGUCCCAAACGAGUCUAGUAAGCGAGGAAUCACCUGAGCUCAUUACACCAGCAGCGCACAGGUGUAAAAAUGGGCAAAGCAGUUGGACGCUGGGACUUUGAAUGGGUCUAUAAUGAGCAACCGCACACAUGGAGAAGAAAAGAAAUAUUAGCAAAGUAUCCUGAAAUCAAGUCUUUGAUGGGUCAUGACCCCCAGCUGAAGUGGGUCGUGUCAGGGAUGGUACUCACCCAGCUCCUGGCGUGUUACAUGGUCCACGAGCUCUCCUGGAAGUGGGUGUUGUUUUGGGCGUAUGCGUUCGGUGGCUGCAUCAACCACUCUUUGACCCUAGCCAUCCAUGACAUUUCACACAAUGUGGCCUUUGGCACUAAAAGGGCACGCUGGAACCGCUGGUUCGCCAUGUUCGCCAAUCUCCCGAUUGGCUUGCCUUAUUCAGCAUCCUUCAAGAAGUACCACAUCGACCACCAUCGUUAUCUCGGAGGAGAUGGAUUGGACGUGGAUAUUCCUACCGACCUUGAGGGCUGGUUCUUCUGCACCCCAGCCAGAAAGGUGCUCUGGCUCUUUCUCCAGCCUUUGUUCUAUGCGCUCCGUCCAUUGGUGGUGAACCCCAAGCCCGUGACCAGGUUGGAGAUGCUGAGUGCGGUCGUGCAGUUUAGAAGUUUCUGCCUUUUAAGAGUUCUCAGGAAGCACUCAGGCUGA